UGUAAGUAAGUAAGUGUAAUUGAGCAGCAGUAGUUUGAUGUAAUGGAGGGGCUGGGCGAGUCAGUCCGCCUACACGGGCUUUGUGUUGAUGUUCAGGCGGUGCAACAGCGCUGACAGUCCGCGACUAGAGCACCAUAGAACGGCAUUCCCAACACCCAUCCACCAUAAAGAGAGGAAGAGAGGGAGAGAAAGAGGACAGUGUUUUGGGCGAUUUGACUGUAAGGGAGUGGAGCUGGACUGAAUCAUGGCUACUUCUACGUCUUGCACAGGCUCCACACUGCUGCAGCCAAUUAGUACGAUUAUUGAUCUGCCAGUGGACCAGGUGAACUUUGUGGUGUGCCAGCUCUUCGCCCUGGUCACGGCUUUCUGGUUUAGACUCUACCUGCACCCUAGUAAGACGAGUCCCUUCAUCCGGCAUGUAGUUGCCACCCUGCUGGGCUUCUAUUUGGCCCUCUUCUGCUUUGGCUGGUAUGCCUUACAUUUUCUGGUACAGAGCGGUCUUGCUUACGGCGUUAUGAUCUUCACAGGUGUGGAACACAUGCACAAAUACUGCUUUGUGGUUACGCUGGGAUAUCUCAGUUUCUGCCAGGUCACCAGAAUCUAUGUGUUUGACUAUGGCAUGUACUCAGCAGACUUCACUGGGCCCAUGAUGGUCAUCACACAGAAGAUCACAAGUUUGGCGUUUGAGAUUCAUGAUGGUUUGAUGAAGAGGGAGGAGCAUCUAAAGCCCAAUCAGAAGUAUCUUGCUGUCAGGAAGAUGCCCAGUCUGCUGGAGUAUCUGAGUUAUAACUGUAACUUUAUGGGGAUCCUGGCUGGCCCGACCUGCUCCUAUAAUGAUUACAUAGCCUUUAUAGAAGGCCGAUGUUAUGAGCCCAAGCACCUGGAGUCAAACGGCAAAGAGAACGGGAAAUUCAAGCAGAAUGACCCUUCACCUAAGAGGGACGUGAUCCAGAAACUGUGCACGUGUGCUCUGUCCCUAAUGGUUUAUUUGGUGAUCUACUCCGCCUGCCCUACAGAUCGUGUCAUCGAUGACACCUUCAUGGCCUCUAACCCCUUCUACAUCCAGGUCUUGUACCUCUACAUCUCCAUGUUGGCUUUACGCCCCAAGUACUACUUUGUAUGGACGUUAGCUGAUGCCAUCAACAAUGCAGCUGGUUUUGGAUUUAAUGGAUAUAACACAGAUGGCACCCCAAAAUGGGACAGAAUAUCGAAUUUAAGAAUACUUGACAUUGAGUUUGCCACCAGCUUCAAGAUGUUCUUGGAUAACUGGAACAUUCAGACAGCCCUUUGGUUAAAAAGGGUGUGUUAUGAGCGCUGUCCGUAUAAUCCGACUGCUGCCACAUUCCUCCUCUCAGCCAUCUGGCACGGAGUUUACCCAGGGUAUUACCUGACCUUUGUCACGGGCAUUGCUGUAACAAUGGCAGCACGUGCAGUAAGACACAAUGUGAGGCAACACUUCCUGGGCUCAGCCACACUCAAGCUCAUCUAUGACGUGAUCACGUGGUUCAGCACCCAGAUCGCUAUUUGUUACACUGUUGUGCCAUUUGUACUGCUGGCAGUAGGGCCUUCACUAAAGUUUUACAGCUCGUGGUACUGCUGCAUUCACCUGAUCUGCGUGUUGCUGGCGCUGGUUUUACCUGUGAAAUCCAGACGCAGGAAACAACAGGAAGAGCCGAGCAGCAUUCAGGCCAGUGAACAGAACUGUCUCUCCUCUCCUGACAACAACUGCAACCAGAAGCAGAAAGCCACAUGAGGGCAAGAAGGGCUGCUCGACCCGCACACUGCGUUGUGAGGAACUCUGAUAUCAGUACUGAGAGACACAGAGCGGCCAUUUCCUCCCUCAGAUCCAACGACACUGACAGUGACAUUUUACAAGGCAUAAACUCCAGCAACAAUACAGAGAAAAGACCCCAUAGUCGCCCUGUUGGAGAUGGUCACGUUUUGGUUUUAAAUAGGAAAUCUUCAUAGGAUCAUAUGAAAAUGGGGUGAUUGAUUAUAGAAAAUGGUGAAUAAUUGACUUAAGUGUCAGUUAAUCUGAAGUUGCCUUAAACCCUUCGUAUAUUUAGCUCCAGAAACCUUGUGUGGGGAUCGUGUUACAUAGGAACGGACCAGUCAUUGUUGGCUUUUAGCUUCACUACAUUAGUGCAGGAAGUCUAGCACUGGAAUCAGCUUCCACGUUACCUAGAAGGUUUCUGCCAUUGUCAGUUAAACGAAGUAACCUCUGUUUUAGUUCUUCUCAAAGGAAAUGUGUGCUGUAAAGAAAAAAGUCCAGUCGUGUGUUGCCAAAUUAUAGGCCUUACGUUCCUAUCUCUUGCCAUUGUUUCAUCUUUAUUCUUUGUUUAUUUCUCUGGUUUUCUAGUAGGUUCAUAUCUGCUGCUUUCUUUGGGAACAAGGGUCAACCUUAAGGGAGUGUCUUCAUUUGGAAAAUUGCUUUUGUUAUAAUUUUUGUCAGUGAUUUUUGUUUAUUUUUAUUGUUUUUAUUAAGGGCUUUUGGUUGGUUAUCAGUGCUGUUUUUUUAAUGGGUUGUAGGUUUCCUCAGGGCACACAGGUCUCGUUUUAGACCAUGACAAAUUACCAGAUGUUUCUCUACCAUCAAUGUUUCUGCUGCAACAUAGUCCAUCUUGUGACAACAGAAGACAGUUCAAUAUUACUCAGUAUCUCAGCUUGUUUGUGUUUUUUAUGUUACAGACAUAUAUGGCAAGUGCAAUAACCUCUGUCUUUUCCAUGGGUGCAUGUUAAGUUAAAGGAUCACAUUAUUUUUGCAAACAGUGCUAAUGUUCUUGACACAUCAACAAUAGUCAGAAUUUUGUAGUGGUUCAGUAUUGAAGUACAGUACCAGCCAAAAGUUUGGACAAACUAAAUUUGUUUCUCUUUAUCUCAAAAACCUGUUGAUUUAAAGGUGUAUACUUAAAUACUUGAAAUUUUAUUAUGCUUGAAACAUAAUAAUUCCAUAGUAAUAACUAGGGCUGGGUAUUGACACAAAUUUCACGAUUCAAUCCGAUUCACAAGCUUGCGAUUCGAUUUCGAUUCGAUUAUUUUGGAUGUAUAUCAAGAACAGUGCAUGGAAAAUUUUCUCAAAGAAAUUAAAAUCUCUCAGUUAAUGCAGAAAACCAUACAUAGUAGUCAGUUGGUACUACGUUACUAUAAUAUUGAUGGUUAAAAUGAACUGAUUUGUAUACAAACACUUAAAUUACACUCAAGGAAGUUUUUAGAAUAAUAAAGUUAUAAUACUAACUUUAUAAUUAGCUACAUAAUUAUAUGUCUACCCCAAUUCAUUUUUUUGGUGGCUGACAUAAAACUUGAAGGAAUUCAAACAUGCAUUAAAUAUUGAAGAACAUUAAAAAUUAUAAUGAAUAUGGUGCACAUAUUUAGCAAAAUGCCCCUCUCUAGAGUUCAUUUUUCGAGUUUAUGGUCACUGAAUAUGGUUUUUCUGAGGUAAAUGUGACGUUACGUGACAUUGUUUACAAGCUGUUUUAUUGACGUCUUUCCGCGGUUGAAACACUGAUUGAGCGAUUACAUGAGACGAGAGAUUACAUUUCGGUAAGUUGUAUUCUAACUUUUAACAUACCUUCAGAUGUUCAUUCAAGUUUAUUUCGCACUGUAACUUGUAUUAAAACGGAGGAGAAGAUCAGUUUACAUGCGCUGCCGCUUCGUUUAACCUGAGGGGCUACAGCGAUCUGUCACGUGACGUCACAUUAAACAGUGCCAAAACGUUUUUUUUUUUUUUUUUUUUUUUUUAAAUUUCGUAAUAAAAUGGAUUUAUUGCGAUUUAUUGGAUGGGAGGCUCUCUACAUCCAACUGAAAACAGGAUAGACUAAUCGAUUCUUGGGAUUUAAGAAUCGAUGUCAGUUUGUAAAAAUGAGAAUCGAUUAAAGUCGAGAAAUCAAUAUAUUUUUUUUUUUUUUACCCAGCUCUAGUAAUAACAACCUUUUGGUUUGUGUUUAUUGUUUUGUUUCCCCCACAUAGUAAAGGAAAAGCAGCAAUCAAUGCAGUCCCAGUAUGCACAUCAUUUUGACUUGUUUAACAUUUGGAGUUUUUCCAUAUUUCCCAUAGUACUUCCUUUUAUUUCAUAGUUUUGAUGACUAUUAUUAUUCUAAAAUGAGGAAAAUAGUAAUAAUAAAGCAUGAAGCAGUGUGUCCAGACUUUUGACUGGUAGUGUGCUAUACAUGCAGUACGCGGAUACAUGCAGUAUCAACUAUUCAAAAUCAUUUUUUUUCUAUGAAUCCAUCUGUACUCCUGGGCCCUAAACAAACCUCUAAAUUUUGAGAUAUCAUAUAAGGAUAUUUCUUGAACUUUGAUUCUCUAAAAGGUCUCAGUGAGCUUUGCUCUUUUGAUUUAAGUGUCUGGAAAAUCAGACUUUUUCAUAUUCCCUCAGAAUCUACUUUUCGAUAUAUAUGUAAUUAUGUUGUUGCGUUUAUUUUCAACCAAAGGUUUUACCCCUUGGUCAGAGCGACUCUACAUGUUAGUUUUUUUAUUUGGUAAUGAAGGGCUGAAGGCACUAAGUGUUUACCAAAGCGAGUGUCACUGUAUUCUUGUUAACUAAGCCAGUUCAACAACAAGAAAGGGUUAUUCUUGGGCGUGAAGUUGACCAGCCUCCAUAUGGAGAAAACGCUCUGUACCAGCCUCCUAUGGUUUCACAAGCACACUUCUCUAAAGUCUUAUUGUAUUUUGGACUCCAGACAUGUAAAACCAUGAUGAAUUACAGCCCUGUACUAACAGUUUUAGCAACUGCAAAACCAAUAGGAAGAUUAAUAAGUCUGCUGGUAUGGCUGCUGCUGGUAACAAUUUAAUUCACAUUUAUUUGUAUAGCGCUUUUCUCAAUACAUAUUUCAAAGCAGCUUUACAGAAAAGUGCAUGACAGUCCAGUUAUAUACUGUAUAAUUUUGCCCUUUUUGUCUCUUUUUAUUAAAGAUUUUGCUUAAUUAAUUGUUUUAACUGCCCCAAGGCAAUAUGUACUAACUAGCACCUCAAUGCAAAACUUGCUUCAAAUGUCCAAAGUGCCAAAUCACAUGAGGUGCACAAAAAGAUCACUUUAUUUGUACGGGUUUACAACAGGGUGAGAGGUUUGUACUAAAAAUUUGGUCUUAAACUGACAUUAUUUUUACCUACUGAGAUUUUGGGAGGAAUUAUUUUUCACUGUCUCCCUAUUUGCACUUUUGGUAUGAAUAAGUCGGGGUAGUGCUUAAGUAGAAAAACUGCCGAAGCAAUGCAAGGAACCUCAGUGCUACUCAACAGUUAGAGUAUUCGCUUAAUAGAAGUCAAACAGAUGAAUUUGCCCAAAAAUAUUAAAUUCAUUGUAGCAACAAAGGAAAAUCAGGAUGGUGUUCCAGUGUUAUAUGCUUAUUUUGUAAAUGUGCUCCAUCCAUAGAAUGACGUUAAAUGUGUUCAUUGCUGUUUAUGUGUAAACAUUGUCCCAUUGUUCAGAUAUUGUUCAACUAAAUGCAGCCUAACAUCUUGAUUAUGUUAAGGCCCAAGUAAUAGUGAAGGCAGUUAUCUGUAAAAUUUUGGUUCAGUCAUUCAUGACAUUUUCUAACUACUGAUUUUGCAAAGAAUGACCCAAAGCUGUGUGAAAAUGUAGACUACUGUAAUGCUUUUUUUUAUUUUAAAUAGUGCAUUUGUUGUUCACCAGCCACCUCAGUUCUGUUGUUUGUCAUUGUCUUGUUAGUCUCUAGUGGUCAUUCAAAAAUUAGUGAUUGUGGCCCUUAGUGAACAUGCAAACCGAAGCUGAUGUUUUCCAGAUAUUGCAGAAUUAACUUUUCCAUUGUAAUUCCUAUUGACUGGUUGUGAUGUUGCAUAACAUGACAGUUACAGGAAAACUAAGGAUGUUAAUGAAAUGCAAUAAGUCUGUGUAGAGAUAAAGUAAAGGAAAAGUAAUGCCUAAUAUGUUAGCUAUUUCAAUAUAAAUCAGUUUACCAAUAUACAUUAUAAAACACGUUUUUGAGAAUUGUCCAGAGGGGAACAAACACUGUCUCCAUUUAUUUCUGUAAUAAUCAUAAACUGAGAUGUGAUACUUACCCAGCAAUUGAAUUGUUUGAUGAACUGAGUGCUCUGGAAGUUGUACCAAGCCAAACAAAUUUUUCUUUAAAUAAAGGACAUGAAAAAUGAAAUCCACUACAAUGAUGAUGGACACAAAACAAAUAAACCAUAUUUUCCUUCUCGGUA